AUGGGAAAUCUUCCCGCUCCAAGAGUCACGCCAGGCCGGCCGUUCCUGCAUACCGGCGUAGACUACGCCGGACCGGUUUGGAUGCGAACAACACGGGGCCGUGGACACAAGACGACCAAAGGGUUUAUCGUUGUGUUUGUUUGUUUAGCCUCCAGGGCAUUCCACCUCGACGCCGCCUCUGACUACACCGCCGACGCCUUCCUUGCCGCCUUACGCCGGUUCAUCGCCAGGAGAGGAGUAUGCCACUCGUUGUAUAGCGACUGCAGCACCACCUUCGGGGGAGCCGACAAGCAGCUAAAGCAACUGUUCUCCACCGCCAGUGCCGACGGACGCCGCAUAGCAUCCUGUGCCGCCCAAGAAAAAAUCCGGUGGCAUUUUAACCCGCCGGCGGCACCUAACUUCGGCGGCUUGUGGGAAGCCGCCGUGAAGGCCAUGAAGCAUCAUCUUCGGCGAGUCAUAGGUGAAGCAACCCUCACCUAUGAAGAGAUGGCGACCCUACUCGCCCAGAUUGAGGCCUGCCUCAAUUCCCGACCGCUGCAGCCAUUGUCUGACGACCCGGAGGAUUUAGCAGCGCUGACACCCGGUCACUUCCUGGUCGGCUCCGCUCUCGCGACGAUCCCCGAGCCGUCGCUCGAACAAGAGCCGUCGGCGCGUCUCUCCCGGUGGCAGCUCCUGCAACAAAUGAAGGACCAUUUCUGGUCUCGGUGGGUCAACGAAUAUUUAAACACGCUGGCCCAUCGACCGAAAUGGUCCCGAAUUAAUCAGGAGGCUCGCGUCGGUCGACUCUGCCUAGUACGGAACGAGAUCACUCUACCCACACGGUGGCCGCUUGCGCGCAUAACGCGACUGCACCCCGGUUCCGACGGUAACGUUCGCGUAGUCGACGUCCGCACCGCGAGCACCAAUUUAACGCGACCCGUGAAUAAAUUAGUAUUUCUGACCGACGGCUCCGAAGCUUCACCGUAA